ACCGGGCCAGACUGGCACAGGGAGGAGUGCAUCCCCGUAUAAGUGAGCGUCAGUCCGCGGCUGCUGAGUUUCGGACCCCUCAGCUCUGGAUGGAAGAGAAGGGAGACUUGUCCAGGCUCCGCACCCUCUUCCUCUCCUUUGAUGCCAAGCGCUCUGGGCGCCUGGGGAGGGAGGACUUCUCGUCGCUGUGUGCCGAGCUCCGGGUGACCCCGUCCCAGGUGGAGAACAUCUUCAGGCGCCUGGACAGGGACAGGGACGGCUCCAUUACCUUUGAGGAUUUUGUCAUGGGUUUCCGAGGGACUCAGGGUUUCCAGAUGCCACAAGGGAACCAGGAUCUGUCCACCGUGGAGCCAAAAAAGAGCCACCGGAUCUCUGAAAGUGAAGUCCUGGAAGAAGAGAACUUCAGCCCAGCCUGGAAGGACUUCCAACUCCGGCUGGGGGAAGAGUCCAACUACAUCCCAAGGAAAGAACAAGCCAGCACACUGUACGAGAACAUCACCAUAGUGGAACCACUCCUAAUCCAGCAAUAUGAACAUGUCAUCAGAAACUUUGUUCGGGAGAUCAGACUUCAGAGCACAGAAAUGGAAAAUUUGGCCAUUGCAGUGAAAAGAGCCCAGGACAAAGCCGCUAUGCAGCUGAGUGAGCUCGAGGAGGAGAUGGAUCAUCGGAUACAGGCUGCUGAGAACAGAAUAAAGAAAGAGGAGAAGAGAAAAGCAGAGGACGUUCUCAACGACUUGAAGCGCCAACAUGAAUCAGAAGUUGCUGAACUCCAAGUCGCAAUCAAAAAGCUCAAAAAGCUGGAAGAACAGUCGAAGAACAUAAGCUUAAAGGAAGAUGUGGCUGCUCUAAAGAAACGCCUGCAUGAAUUGACCAUGGAAAAUCAGAAACUUAAAAAGGAACUCCUAGAGGCUCAAACCAGCAUCUCAUUCCUCCAGAGUGAACUGGAUGCUCUGAAAAGUGAUUAUGCAGAUCAAAGCCUGAGCUCAGAAAGAGAUAUGGAAAUUCUCAGGGAAUACACAGAUGACCGGGAGAAUCUGUCACGGCAAAUUGAAAUACUGCAAACAGCUAAUAGAAAGCUGCAUGACAGUAAUGAUGGACUGCGGAGUGUGCUGGAGAACAGUCUGAUCAAGUACAACAGAUCACUGCGUGCAAACACUUCACCAGGAAGUACAAUUUCCAGGAACAGUCCCAAGCUGAAUAGAAGUAAUUCUCCUUAUGACCGGUCACCUCGAUCAUCUGUCUUAGAUGAAGACUAUGAUACUUUAGCAGUAUGUGAUCCAAUGCAGAGAAUAAACUGUGAGGUUGACAGCCUUCCAGAAAGUUGUAUAGACAGUGGAUUGUCCACUUUGAGAGACUCCAAUGAAUACGACUCAGAGGUGGAAUACAGGGCUCCAAGAAGCUUUCAGCGUUCGAGAUUUGCUCAUGAGGUUUAUGGGGGUGAUGCUUCAGAUACAGAUGUUCCUGAAAUUCGGGAUGAAGAAUCUUAUGCUCCUGAAUCUGGUGGCUCAUUUCUAGAUUGGAAACCAUCACGGCCAGUCAGCAGGAGCAGCUCAGGUGCAUCAUCGAGAAAAUGUAUCUCAGCAUUGCCUGCCCAUGUGACAAAUUCAGAUACUGCUGCUGACCAGGUGAGCAAGUUUUCUAAUACAGAGAAAGCCUACAAGAUAGUCCUGGCUGGAGAUGCUGCUGUUGGGAAGUCUAGUUUUCUCAUGAGACUUUGUAAAAAUGAAUUUCGAGGCAAUACUAGUGCAACACUGGGAGUGGAUUUUCAAAUGAAGACAUUAGUGGUGGAUGGGGAACCAGCACUCCUACAGUUAUGGGAUACAGCAGGUCAAGAAAGAUUUAGGAGCAUUGCAAAGUCUUACUUUAGAAGAGCAGAUGGAGUUUUGCUUCUCUAUGAUGUGACUUGUGAGAAGAGCUUCUUGAAUGUGAGAGAAUGGAUAGAUAUGAUCGAGGAUUCAACAAAUGCCACUAUACCUAUGAUGAUGGUGGGGAAUAAAGCUGACCUCCGACAGACAUUGUUGGAACAAGGUCAUAAAUGUGUACCAACCAGUUAUGGAGAAAAGUUAUCCAGGACAUAUGGAGCUUUAUUCUGUGAAACUAGCGCCAAAGAGGGAUCAAAUAUUGUGGAGGCCGUCCUUCAUCUUGCACGGGAAGUGAGAAAACGCUGUGAUAAUGAAGAUGAUAGAGGAUCUGUAACCAAUCUUUCGGGAGCCAUUACCAAAAAGCCGACACACAUGAAAAACUGCUGUAACGUCUAAACUUUUUUUUUAACAAGCCAAUCAUACGAUGCUACUUUUUAUAAGUUGUUUUGGACAAAGGAUUGUACAGAAGUGAUACUAUGUCUAUUGUUCCCCAUUGCCUCCUCCUGUAAUGCACAUUGCACCUGCCAACUGAUAUGUAGUUAUUUAUGCAUCAGUACAUGUACAGAUUACAAUAUGAAGAAAUGAUAUAACGCAGCAGUCCUCUCACUAAUAAACGUGCGUGUUUCUGUUUAUGUAUUAAGAUGCUUAGAAUAGAUAUAAUCUGUCUGUUUUUGUACAUUUAUUUAUAAAUGUGACUUUUUAUGCUUUUUUAGUUUUCUGGAAACCACCUCUUCAGCACUAUGUGAAUGACCCUGUAUUUGUCCUAAAUUACACAAUUGCUCUUAUUCAUAAUUUAUUAA